AGGCGGCGCUGGCGGGUCCCCUCCCCUCCUGUGCAGCUUCGUCCGCGUUGGCACCGCGCUCUGCAGAGCUGCCCGCUUGCUGCCGCCGUCGCAGCUGUAUGGUCCAGCGCCGCUCCGCCGCCGCAUCCCCUCCGCCAGCUCCCCGGCCUCCAGCGCCUCCUGGUUCUGCUCUUUCUGCCCCCGGCGGUGGCGCCCGCACCCCGGCUGUAUGAUCAGGCUACAGUCUUCAAUGAGUAACCAUCUUCCUCAGUUCUGUGGUGUUCUUGGUCACACAUUUAUGGAGUUUCUGAAGGGCAGUGGAGACUACUGCCAGGCACAGCACGACCUCUAUGCAGACAAGUGA